AUGCAUCAGCAUCAAGUCAAUCAUCAGCCACCGGUUUUUUGGACAAAUCAACAUUCCACAACUCAAUUUCCAAACCACUCAAAUGUGAUCACACUACCUCCACCACCUUUCCCGGACUUUAGGAAAAAAAAGCGUAAAGAUGGUACUUGCACCUGUCUUCUGAUCAUAUUUCUUCUGGUCCUGCUUGCCCUUGCGGGAGUUGGGUUAGGCACCUAUAAACUCUUUCAGCUUCAAAAAGAAUUGGAUCAGAUAAAGGAGUUUUCGGAAGUUGAGCCAAGUGUGGAAAAACUAAUGGGACUAGAAAAUCAUCAAUCGGAGAAGAAAGAUGUCAGACUGGCUGCACAUUUAACACCAAAAGAAGGCAGAAGUAUGCCGUUAGCUUGGGAGGACACUGUUGGACGUGCAUUCACUGCUGGCAUUCUGUAUAAAAACAGAGGGUUGGUUGUGAACCAAACUGGUCUUCACUUCAUCUAUUCCUCUGUCUAUUUUCGGGGCACUACCUGUCUGGAUAAGGAGCUGUCCCAUGUUGUGUACAAGAAACCCAUCCGGUACCUCAAUGAACUGAAACUUAUGGAAAACGUGGAAUAUCAUUACUGUGCCAACAAGGGCAAAUGGGGAAGACACAGUUUCCUUGGAGCUGUAUUUAACCUGAGUAGCUCAGAUAUUAUUUAUGUAAAUGUUUCUGAUGUAACCUUAAUCAGCCCAGAAGAAUCAAGAACAUUUUUUGGAAUCUAUAAACUUUGA